CCCAACCCCCGCGCCUUGAACAUGCGCAGAAUCAUCGCUGUUCGCCGCUCUCCCUUCGCUUCCUCCGUCGCAGUCCUGUUUCUUUUCUUGCGCGUGCGUUCAGCUCCUUUGCUCAGCCGCGGAGGUGGAGGGACCACGAGGACUGCGGGCCCUAGGGUCCACAGAUGACAUAUCAGUCGAUAGGCAUGCAUUUACUGUUCGAGGGAAACAAAUAAGGGUGCAGCUUAGGCGAAAAGAAAAUCGUCUUAUUGCCAGUGUCUAAACUCCUAACGACGGAAUGUGUCUCUGAGACUAUGAGUGUGGAUACACGUGUACUUAAAACAGCCCCGCCUGUGUGCAGAGCUCUUGCUGUACGUCAACGCUUUACAGGAGCUAUCGCACUUAAGCCUCAGAACAACUUGAUGAGGUCUGUGAAGUGUCAGACCUCAAGAUGGACAACUGUUUAAUUAGAUACAGCAUCUAGUGUACUACUGAAAUCAUAAUAAGCCUAUACUACAUUACUGAAACUUCUUGGCCUAUUUCUAACAGGCUUAUUUAUGUGCAUUCUUAUUCUAUCCCGGAUUGGAAUCAGAAAAUUGGACAGUGUUGCAGGUACUCAUUGAUGCAGGCCUACCAGCAGCCACAAAAGUGAGAACUGGUAAGUAAAAGUCCUUCUUCACGGGAAUAAUGAUAGGUGUUUUAAAAACUUGGAAUCAAGUACACUUUUCAUGAGCACAGUAAAAAAAUGAUUCAUGAACUAAAUAACAGGACAUAGUGGUCAAUUCAGAAAUACAUUUCAAAUUAAAUAGAAACCUCUAUGAAUAAUCUAUAUUUGUUGACAGCAUCCAAUUUUAGCAGAGGUUUUAAUAAAUCAUGAAUAAUCAUCAAGGUUACUGCUCCUCAAACUUUCACAAAAGUGUGGAUAAUAGCAGAGAAGAAUGAAUAAUUGCCCUAGAAGCUUGGUUCCAAGCUAGGAUUUUCUUUAGUUUCAUGUUUUGUCUUACAUUUAAUAUAAAUGUUGCAUUAUAUAUCAUAAUAGUCCUAUGUUUAGUAUGAAUAUAAUGCUUAUAAACUUUUUCAAAAUAUCUGAGUAGAAUUGAUAUCUAAGAAGAUGCUUCGUGUUUAUUCAGUGCCUUUUAACACCGUGGCAUAGCACAAAUUUCUCUUGCCCUAAGCUGGACUUUUAGAGGCAAGGUUCUAGGCUGUUUCAUGAUUGUAUAAUAUGUUCCUUUUCAGUUUUCUCUUCUACAGUUUAGCCAAGGCUAUUUAUAGUAGUGUAUGGCAGGGAGUAGAUUAAUUGAUGCUUACCCACUUUGAACCUGAGAGUGUCACAGAGUGAAAAUUCAGUAUCAUUGCCAACAGAAUACACUACAAGAAAUGUUGAAGAAAGAGCUUCAGACAGAAGGGAAAUGAUACCAUUUGGAAAUACAGAUCUACACAAAGGAAUGAUGAGCCCUGGAAAAGUUUACAAAAUGGGAAAACUGUGCCUCACAAAGCAGUAACUUUUUGAAGAUGACAGAAUUUUGUCCCUAUGAUGCACAACUCCAGAGAGCACCAUUUACAUUGUAUGCAUGUAAAUGGAAUUUCCUGAAGCAGUUAAGAGGCUACAGGAUCAGCUGUCCCUGCUCUGAGCUAAGGCAAGCCCCUCUACUUGUGCCCCGGAUCCCAUCUUUUCUUGUAGAGUCAAGGAUUGCGUUCUUGAUUGGUUCCUGGAAGUGGAACUACUGUAUCAAAGAUUUGGAUGUUUUUAAGACCCCAGAAAGUGAUUCUCAUCCAAAACAUAGCAGCAACGUGUCAUGGAAAAACACUGGACUGGGAGAAUCAGCUCUCGUCUCAACUCUUCCAUUAAAUGAAAGAUUUGAGCUUUUGGAAACCACUUUAACUCUUUGGACCUCAGUUUCGUCAGCUUCAUCGGUCUGCUAUGCCAAAAUGCCAGAAAAUGAACCUCAGUUUCUUGGUGAUAAUAAAGUGAACUGGCUUCCAGCAGAGAGAGAUCACGGCUUCUGUGACGGACUCCUGUACUUCUCCCUUCUCCAACUCCCUUCUCCACUGGCCAGUGCAGUCACCUUGCUCAGCCCUCUGGCCUCGCCUGGAAAACGUCCUCAUCAAUUCAGCUGGCUACCCCACUUGGCUACAGAGUACUAAAGAAGAGGCUGAACUUGAUCCUGCUGCCCUUGCAUACACAACACUCCCAUUGACUCUAGAGAAGACGUAAGUGCAUGAAAGGAUUCCAGGAUCAAAAGGUUAGCUCUACGGGGAGCUGUGUCUGGCUCAAGCAAUCCAUUUUUUUUUCCUAUUGACAGUGAAAACGUUUUAUAGUUCUUUUUCAAAGUUUUUCAAACUUUUACAAAAACAGGCUACUUGUGAAAAACUGAGAAGGCAUCUAAUUGAACUAUAUCCAGAGGAGAUCAUGGCAAAGACCAACAGGGAAGAAAACAUUUCUAAAUCACAGUGAUAUUGGUCACAUCAUUUGUAUUUUAAAAAUAAAGUAUUUGAGGCACAAGCAGAGAGAAAUUUUCAUUAGGCAACCUGGUUGGGCUAUGUACCAGAAUGUGAGAUAAACUAAAACACAAAGCUCAUGAGUUUUUAUCUUUGUCUGCUAAUGACAUCGGUGGCAGGAUUAUAUAAACUUUGCAUUUUAUGGAAUCUGUGAAAUAGGAAAAAGAAUACAUGCUAUAUCUAAAUGAAGAGAUGUGCAGAUGCUUAACCAAUAUUUAAUUCAUUGCUGAGGAAAUAAAUGCCUUAAAAUAUUUUAAAAAGAGAAAUUGCCUUGAGAAUAAUUAACAAGCAGAGUAGUAAUAACAUUUUUGAAGAAAGUGAGAUACGAGUCUAUAUGUUAUACUUCUCAAUUUUCUCCAUUCAUUGGAGCUCCUUAGUGAAUCUAAGCAUUCAUUCAUUCACUUAUCAAACUUUUUUUUGUACACUUACAAUGCGCCCAAUGUUAACCUAAUAGUUUUCCAAAACUUCAAUUGAGCAAGUAUAUAAGGAAGUGGAUUACAGUUAAUAAAACAGGACCCACAACUGGGGUUGGGGGAGGGGGCUGUAUGUCUCAAGUGUUUUGCAUCACUCUUCAUUAGGAAAUUUGCCUCAAGAAUUUCUCUGGCUUCACCUGGAACGUACACAUCUUGAUUGGCAAGUGGCUUCUGUGAUCCUACUCCUAGGAGUAGCUAAUGUAAUGUUUUUCUUCAUAUAUGUACUAGGACAGAGAAUGCUGUGUUGAACUAACUUGAAAAGCAUGUUUUAUAAUCAGAAAACUGAUUUAAUGUCAUUAGAGUUUUGAUCUUAAGCAUUUUCUAUUGUAUGAGCAAUGGAAAGGCUUGGUGAGGAGCUUGUCGAAACAGUUCUCUUGCAUUUUCACAUAAUUGGGCUCGACAGUUUUCUGCCAUUGCACAGGAUAACUGCAGUUGAUGGUGUUUAUGUUUUUACUUAAGGGCCAUUGAAUUGUAUUAGAAAUUUCAUAGUACACUCUUGUAAUCCUGUAAGUCAUUUUUGAGUUGCAUGAUUGAAAGUGAAUAAUACUCAUGCAGUUAAAGCUUUUUGUGUGCGUGUAGUUUUAGAAACAACCAGUCCACAGAGAAUAGAGCUCAUGAAAGAAAUGAAAAUACAUGCUCAUCCCCUCCCACUCUUUGUUGUCUCGGCUUAUUCAGAUCUGGUGAAAACAUUAAGCCACUUAACCUAAGUGGUAUUGGAUAGCUAAUUUAUUCAGCUUCUGGAAGGUACCAGGUUAGUGCUUGCAGAGGCAGCAUUUUAAAUUUUGGGGAGAGGGGGUUCUAGCAAACUCUUCCAGUUAGCAUGUGUCCAAAGGCCCGCAGAAAUAAGGUACUUCUUUUUUCAAUGACCUUAGCUUUUCUUGGGAAUUUUUAGAUGUUUUAUGGGUUACGUUCUUAUUUGGUGGUUAAGAUGGCUUGCUGAAAUGGAUCUAGAAAGACUCAGGGCAUUGACUGAUUGAAAAAGAGUUAUUGAGUGGGCACUCAGGGAGAAAAUCAAGGAGAUGUGACAAGGAGCAGUUUCUCUUUCUGGCUCCCAGAUCUCUCUUUUAGCCAAUUAAAAUUAAGGUCUGCCGUUUUCCUAUUUGUGUCAUUCAGGCCAUUGUUUCCAGAAGGGGCUUGCUAGAAUUCAAAGAUGUUCCUUUGGGGCAUUAGCAUAUCGGUUUAGAUGAGUUUGUUAGACUAACUAAGCAGUUACCUAUGGAACUAAGAAAGAAGCGUCUAGGAGGAGUUAGGGCAUAGACAUUCAGAUGUUAACAGAAAAAGAAGUUGGAGGAAGAAAGAUCCUGGGAAUAUAAUAACAUCUGCAGAAGGUAGCCCAGGGGUAGUCACAUAGCAUGGAAUUUUGGCAGCUUGACUUAGCAUAAACAUCCCAGAAUGAUGGUUUUGUUGGGGAUGGGGAUGAUGGAAACAAUAGAGUACCUCCUGUAAAGAGAGUUUAGGUAUUGCUGAAGACAAAUGUAACCUCUUUCAUUUGGAGUUUGGUCUUUACAGUAGCUCUUCAUGGGAGAUUAGAAGGCCUUAGCCUAUAUAUGGGAAAAGGCUUUCUCUCAAGUCUUCACUCUGCUUGAUCAAGGCUGCUUGGGUUGGGGUGCUGGGUCAAGAGAAGUUCUGAAGCCGAUUCCAGACUUAGAGGAAAGAAUUUCACCAUUUAAUGAUUCCUGCCAUGGUCCAAUGGGAAGGAGUGAUCAUUGCAGCUUUAGACUCUGCUGCAUUUUUGAGGAUUUGGUGUAUCAGCAAUGGCAGUGAUGACUCAGUCCCCAGUCCUCACAAGUGUGUGAAGAACUUGGGACAUCCAGCUAAUGAAUCUACAAGAGUUCCAAGCAGCCUUGAUGGGCUUCAGCAUUCUCCUUAGAUAUUUGUGUUAACCUGGAAAAUUGCUUCUUGAAGAGAAAAGGAAGUGAUAUUUUUAGAAUUGGAUCAGCAUUUCCAGCACAUCUACUGAUGGGCUAGCUCCUCAGUGUUUACAUGGCAACAGGAUAAACUAUUAUUAGUACUGCUCACAUCGUGGUACAAUAUCAGAAUGUUUUUGGCUGUGGUAGACCAGCUAUACAGAUGAGAAAGUUGAGUGCAUUGAUUUAUUGAAAUUACCUUUGACACUUUAGCUGUGAUUUAUUCUCAGUUUCUUUUCUGAUGUCAGACUGUGAAUUCUCAUGUCCUUGAGAGAGGAUUUCUGAAGACAAUAAAGCAUUGAAUCAUAUUUAGUGCAAUUAGUUUUUCUUGAAUGCUUGCUAUGUUUCUGACACUGCUGAGAACUGUGGGGGAUACAAAUGAAAGAGGAAAUGCAUGGUUUCUACCCUCAAAUAACUUAUAAUUUAUUACGAGAGACAAGGCAUUCCUGAACCUGUUAAAUUAUAAGAUAGGCAGUAUAUGAUACGUGAUACUUACAAUGAUUUAGUAGUUUAGAGAAAGGAAGGAACAGUGGGAUUAUUUAAAGAGCUAAAACACCUAUAGUCUGCUUCUCUUACUUCUGUGCUUGAGGACUCCGAAACCCUAUGAGAAAGGGUAUAGGGAGAAUGGAAGACGGCUUACUCAUCUCUUACUUACUCGUUCCUGCAUGUUGCUCCUGUAUAGUCAGUGUCUAUGGAAAUUUGGAGACUGAUGGGAAAAUUAUUUUCAGAAAUGGAAGUGAAGGCAGUGGUGGGAGAGUAUUAUCCAACUGUAGCUCUUGACUUCUGUCCAUCUGCCCAGAGCUGAGUGUACAUAUGUACUUUUCUAGCUACUGCAGUCCAUUUCUGGAUGGCCACAGAUGUGUCUGAGGUCACAGGGACUCACCUUCGUUUCUUUUUUUUCAGAUGAGUCCCAGUCAAAUAGCUUUCAGGCAGCGAGAAACAGAGCCAUAUUUAGAUUCCCCCUUUUUUCUUCACUGAUUCUUCCUUUCUCUGACCUUCCUGCCCCAUUUCUUAUUUUUUUACUGAUCUCUCUCUCUCCCUUCCUCCCAGCAGUACAUAUACUUUUUUCUAGUAUUCCUAGUUUCUUUCCCAGAGCUAUUAAUGGCUUUUUACACACUAUUGUCUCUAAGUCUUAAGAAGGAAAAAGAGAAUGAAAAAACUGUUGCCAAACAAGACCCUUCCCUUCAUUCUGUGUUUGGGAAGCCACCUCCUGGAAUAUAGCUCUUGAAGUUAUUUGAAUUAUAUUUGUUGUUCUCUACACAUCCCAGUGUGCUCAAGAUAUUCCAUAAAGGUUAGCGAGAGCAGUAACAGUCACCUGUCUUAUGCAAGAUGUUCUGGGCUUCAUCCUAGAUAGGUGGUGCUUUGCUGUAUCUCUCUCAUUCACUCCUUUACUCACUCACUCCUUCACUAAAUAAAGAGGUAAGCUGAAGCCAGAUCCCAUUAGGUCUUCCAGGCCAUAAUGAAGGGUUUAGUUUUGACUCUAAAAACUGUGGGAGACUGGGGGACUGAUACAGUCUGAUGUGUGUUUUUAAAAGUUCUCUCUGGCUGCAGUGUGAGAAUGGAUGAGAGAGGUCAAGGGCAGGAGCAGGAGAUCAGUUAGAGAGACUAUUGCAGAAUUCUAGGGUAGAGAUAAUGAUGGCUUAGACUAGGGUACUUGAAGUGGAAAUGGACCAAUUCUUGCCAAAAUAUGUAUUUGUAGGCCAAAUCUUAUUUCUUAUACUAGUGUAGCCUUCAUUUAGGACUGGGAGCUGGCUUUAGCACUCAUGUGCUUAGGUUAGUGUCUGAGCAGCUGGUUCAGAAUGCUAAAAGCCAGGCCUCAUUGGAUCACCUUAUCGGAUCAGAUGUAAUCCUGGCCCACUAGCCAUCCGUGCUUGUUGUUGUGGCAUGAUGCUGCUCAGAAUGUUUGUUUGACAACUCGAGUUUUGUUCCACCUUAUAUUCUGCUGACUUAAAAUAUUUUUAAAUAAAAAAGAGAUCUGAUGGUUUAAUAAAUUGCAAAUUCUUUAUCCACCACUUCCAACUUUGUUUGCAUUGUCAUAUAAGGUAUUUCAUUAAGUCAUUCUGUUGAAUUGAGAAUUUUAAUAUCUUGGGCAUAAGGAUGUCAAUGUUGCUUUGGAAAACACCAUGUCAGAAAGCACUGGACAUGGCAGGGUUCAUUUCCAAAGAUAUUUGCUAAGGGCUGAGUGUGUGCAAGAUAAUCAAAAAGAUGUGGUCUCUGCCUCCAAGAAGCUGAGAGGAAGGGAAAGUAACAAAAAUCACUGAGUAUCUUGAGUGCUAGCCUUUUACAUCCACAACUCAUUCAACCUUUGCAAUGCCUCUGAGGUGGAUGCUCUUCUUACCCCUAUUUUGUGAUGAAGAAAGGAGCACCAUCAUCUGUCUUGGGUCACACUGCUGUUCUGUCCAAAGCCCAUGGUCUCUCCACUUUACACUCUAGGUGCCACCUCACAAGAUGUCCGAUGUCUUCUGUUUGAAUACUGCCCCUGCCCCUUUACAGCUGCAAGAUCUUGGAGAAAAUGUCUUAAUCUUUCGGAGCCUCAGUUUCCUUAUCUAUAACAUAUGGAUAAUAGUAUUAAUCCCAGAAAGGUAUGGAUGACGUGUGUAUGAAAGUUCCUGGCACACAGUAGCCAGCAGCUAAAGUUUGUGUUUCCUUUCUUUUGUGAAGCAGCAGUAUGGCAAGGAAUCUGUGAUGUGACUUUGCUGUGGAGCCCUAAGCAAGCAUGGCAAGGCAUUGUUUUAAUCAACCUCACAACUGUCAGAAUAGCCUAUGUUAUGCAUUUGGGCUUAGGGAUAGGAGAGGGCUGCAAGAUUGUUGGGUUUGUUUGUGGGAUAUCUGUGUCUGAGAAGAGAGGCAUUCUCAGGCUCCCUGGCCAAUUUCACUCAAUUCAGGUAGCAAUAGGCAAGGAAAGAGGCAGUUGUGUAGACCUGUAAAUGAAGGCCUCAGAUCCUCAGGGGUCAAUUUUGUGUGUCCUUGUGAGCCAAAAUUAAUGGAUAUUUCCCUUUUAAGGAUCACGUCUACAGGCAAUAUCCAAUGGAAUAAAGGGGCCUUACACUAUCUUUUUCUGAGGGAUCAUAUUUAUUUGCUCAAUCCUUGAUGAGAACCAAUUUGCCUUCAUUGAAACUAGACCUGUAAGCUUUGAUGAACUGACAGGAGGGAAAAUAACCACAACAACCACCUUCCAGUCUGUGUCAGGCUCUUAAAAAUAAUGCCUGGGACAAUAGUACUGCUAGUUUUUCUACAAAGUGGCCCAUUAUACGCACAUGAGGAAGAUAAGAAACUACCACUCUGGGUGAAAAAAAAAGGCCAAAAGGCUAAUCUUAAUUAUUGAACUGUUGAUCUCCCAAGUUUUUUAGAAUGGAUUGUGGAGGCGACAUUUGGGGGAGAUUCUCAGUCUCACUGUGGUUUAUUAAAAUCAUCAAAACAUGGAUGAUUGCUGGAACUUUCGUCUUCUUCCCUUACUCUCUGUCUGCUUUGAACCAAAUCUUGUCUGAUAGAGAUGGGGGCACCCAGAGACCUUGUCAGGCUCAUCAAAUGUCCUCUCAGCUCUUGGCUUGCUUCUCUUUCAAUUCUGUUUUCCUGUAAUACUAUCUAUUCCACACCAGCAGCCAGUCUCCAGCAAUCUAAUGAAGGCUCUGCAAGGGGUACUACCAGUGUGUUCACAUGAUCAUGUGUGUUUCUAAAUUUUGCAAAAGCAAGAUGGUUUAAAUGCAAUUACUCAAGAUCACCCCUUGCUACUCUGACUUCUUCUCUGUCACGAUUUGUCAGCUGGCAUCUGAGUGAUGGGCGUGUUUUGGGUCUGGCUAAGAGGAAGUUGAACUGGGAUCUGUGUAGUUUAGUGGGAUAUUUUUAUGUAGCUUGCAGUCCCUUUCAUGGCCAUCUGGGUGAGGAAUGGCUUCUAGGAAUACUCCUACCACCCACAGGAUGACUCACCCAGUGUGGAUGGUGAGCAAGGGCGAGGGCUGGUGGUCUUAAGGAUAUGAGCCAAUACUAUGGCACUGGAAGUUCAGGGGUAGUGGAGGGCAAAAAGGUUUGAAGCAAGGUUUGAGAAGCUUGACUGGAAAAUUCGUACCUUCGGAGACAUAGAAUUGUGAGAAGAUUGAUACCUAGCCACAUAUAUUCUCCCCUGUCUGGAAUACAUUUUAUAAUACCGAGUAUACAAUUAUAAACUCACAUAUAUAAGUAUAUAUAUUUUUUUCAUGUAAGUAGCAUGGAAUAGAUUUGAUCAGAAUUCUUGUGUUUGUAGGGCACAGCCUGUUGGCAGUACAGCAAGAAUGUCUGUGUGAGAAAUUGCAAGUUUUGUGCAUCCCAUUCUGGAUCUCAUCUUAUUGUGUCUGUUGCAUCUUGUUCCGACAAGCUUGGUGGUUUUAGAGGAAAGGAUCUGCAAAAUUGCCACCAAAGAAAGAGAAACGCCCUGAGAAAUAAGUGUUCUGGUGACAAAAAUCUCACAUAUAUUCAUUAAUAAGUCACAGUAUGCAGUGCAAGAGGAAUUCAGUUAUUCAAUUAUGUAGCUCAGUGCAAUGUAGGAACAUCUGAAUUGUUCUUGUGGAUGCCUUAUUUCAGGUUAAUUUGUAUGUUUGGAUUUUUUUUCAGAAUUAUGGUUCAUACUGAAAUACAGAUGUGAAAGGAAGGAUGUAUCUCUAUUGAAAGCCAAAAGUGUAAAUCGAAAGAACAUAUUUGUGAUAUUUGUCACCUUUUAAAAAAUUUGUAAUACCUGUAAUUUCUUUCCUCAUUCUCAAUAAAUAUUCAUUUUCGUAUCUAA